GCUAUAUCAGCCCCAGAAUCAGAGACGCCACUUUUAUUUCCUUCGAGCUGAACACGUGUCAAGAGUAUUUGGAAACUGCUACACAGCACAACAGCGAAUACCACCUGUAUUAUUUUUCUGUCUAGCCUGAAAGUAUAUCUACAGUGUCAUCUAUUUUACUCAACUGUAUGGGGACUGUCUCGGACCAUUCUGAAUAUAGCGAACCGGAGGUCCUUUUCAAGAACCCACAGAUCCAUGUUAAAAACCCCCACUUGGAUACAAUGGAAGAGGACAUUCUCUAUCACUUCAACCUGGGGACCAAGACCCACAACCUACCUGAGAUGUUUGGAGACGUCAAGUUUGUGUGCGUCGGCGGGAGUGCCAAUCGGAUGAAGUCCUUUGCUCAGUUCAUUCACCAGGAGCUGGCCUUGCCCGGAAACAUGGAUAAUGUCACAGAUAUCUGUGAAGGAACCGACCGCUACUCCAUGUACAAAGUGGGACCCGUACUUUCUAUCAGUCAUGGUAUGGGCGUCCCCUCCAUCUCCAUCAUGCUCCAUGAGCUCAUCAAACUGCUGCAUCAUGCCCGCUGCAUCGACUUCAUCCUCUUCCGCAUUGGCACCUCCGGUGGAGUCGGUCUGGAAGCAGGAACAGUAGUGGUCACAGACAAGGCGGUGGACUGCUUCUUCCGCGCCCAGUUUGAGCAGGUGGUUCUAGGUAAGGUGGUCACCAGGAGCACAGAGCUGGAUGUGGGCGUAUCCAAGGAGCUGCUGCAGUGCUCGUCCGAGUUAGACGACGUGCCAACCGUCAUCGGAAACACCAUGUGCACCAGUGACUUCUACGAAGGUCAGGGUCGGCUUGAUGGAGCUCUCUGCUCCUUCUCCACUGAGGACAAGCGGGAGUACUUAAGGAAAGCCUAUAACACAGGAGUCAGGAAUAUUGAGAUGGAGUCCACCGUCUUCGCAGCCAUGUGUCGUGCCUGUGCCAUCAAAGCGGCUGUCGUCUGUGUGACUUUGUUGAACCGUUUCGAUGGGGAUCAGAUCUCCACCCCUCAUGAUGUGCUAGUGGAGUACCAACAGAGACCUCAGGUUCUGGUGGCCCACUUCAUCAAGAAACGCCUGGGCCUCGUCGUCUAAAGCUCCCUCCGAUCACAUCUGCUGCCCAUGAACUGCACAUAGCUACAGCCUCGACUGUUACGUGGACAUACACGGAGUGUAGAAAACAUUAGGAACUCCUUCCUAUUGAGUUUCACCCCUUUUGCCCCUGACUGAAGUGGAUUUAACAGGUGACAUCAAUAAGGGAUCAUAGCUUUCACCUGAUCAGACUGUCAUGGAAAGAGCAGGUGUUCUUAAUGUUUUGUACACUCAGUGUAUGUAUACAGUCAUGUUGAUAUGUUAAGAUAUUAUUUAAAGUGUUCUAAAAGUACAUGAAGAUUUGACAGAUGUGUUGUAUCGUGUAUGAUUUGUUAAAUGAAGCUCAAAGAGUGGGCUCAUACGCAAUUGUGUGGUAUAUUUGUAAUGGUAUUGCAGUUGAAGUCGGAAGUUUACAUACACCGAUUUUGGAGCAGUGGCUUCUUCCUUGUUUCUUCCUUGCUGAGUUUAUACUUGUGUACUAUUGUUUGUUCAGAUGAACAUAGUACCUUCAGGCAUUUGGAAAUUGCUCCCAAGGAUGAACCAGACUUGUGGAGGUCUACAAUUUAUUUUCUGAGGUCUUGGCUGAUUUUCUUUUGAUUUUCCCAUGAUGUCAAGCAAAGAGGCACUGAGUUUGAAGGUAGGCCUUGAAAUACAUCCACAGGUACACCUCCAAUUGACUCAAAGGAUGUCAUUAGCCUAUCAGAAGCUUCUAAAGCCAUGACAUAAUUUUCUGGAGUUUUCCAAGCUGUUUAAAGGCACAGUCAACUUAGUGUAUGUAAACUUCUGACCCACUGGAAUUGUGAUACAGUGAAUUAUAAAUUAAAUAAUCUGUAUGUAAACAAUUGUUGAAAAAAUUACCUGUGUCAUGCACAAAGUAGAUGUCUUAACCGACUUGCCAAAGCUAUAGUUUGUUAACAAGAAAUGUGUGGAGUGGUUGAAAAACGAGUUUUAAUAACUCCAACCUAAGUGUAUGUAAACUUCCGACUUCAACUGUAUAUAUUGUGUUGCUUUUGACUACCUUGACUGUGUAGAUGAAAUUGUUGGUUUCUCUGUAACUACACGGAACAGAAAGAUAAACGCAACCUGUAAA